AUGCCCUGAUAGCCUGUUCAAUGGUUAAUCGCGCAUGGUUCCGCGCUGCCCGACAUCCGGAAUUGUACAGAAGGUUGUGUCAACUGCCUGAAUGGUCUCCACCGUUGCUCGACAGGCAGUUGUUUCCGUUCGGUUGUGCUGUUGAUACUGAAGCAGCUCCGUCUACCGGGCAAUCGAGUGACUCAAUCGCAUCUUUAUUGAUAAAUUCUGGGAACGCUUCGGUUGAUUGGUUUGGGAUUUUCCAAAAACGCUCUCGACUGCGCCGGAAUUGGUUGCUGGGCCGACAUAGGAUGCGUCGGUUUACUGGCCAUAAUGAAGGUAAUGGCGUCGGUCUCUUUUGCCCCGUUUCUCAAUGCACUAAGAGUCAGGCAUGGAUUGAUUCAUAUGUCUCACAACACACCUUGGUUUGCCAUCCUGGUUGAGCCGCACUUCUACGCUGCUGGUUUUUCGGAAGAUGUACUCAUCUGACUGCUUUCUUUUACGUUAUCGUAUUUCACUUGAUUUAACUCAACACUACUAACACCACACGAACUGAUAUCUACUGUUU